AUGAGGCAUAAAUCAGGACAUUCUGCUAAAUGUGGACAGUUUAGAGCAUGUGGAAACCCAAAGUACAGCAGUCGAAUUGUGGGUGGGGCUAGUGCACAAAAUGGGGCCUGGCCUUGGCAAGUUGCUCUAUUAAGAAACGAUUAUUUUAUUUGUGGAGGGUCCCUAAUCACAGAAAACUGGAUCAUCACAGCUGCCCACUGUUAUGAUGAGUCAUAUGGUAUGGAUUCAUACCAGAUCCUUCUGGGGCGAUAUCAGCUAUCUGUACCCAGUGCAGGGGAAAUUUUUACUGGAGUUGAACAGAUCAUUGUCCAUGAAAACUACUCCAGAGAAACAGUGGACAAUGAUAUAGCUCUUAUGCAGCUAAAACAGACCAUCGCAUUCACCAAAUACAUCCUUCCGAUCUGCUUGCCCAGUUCUGCCUCGCAGUUCCCUGAUGAUACAAUGUGCUGGGUCACUGGCUGGGGUGAUAUCAAGACAGAAGAGCAGCUUUCAAGUCCUUACACCCUUCAGGAAGUAGAGGUACCCAUCAUUAGCCGGACAACAUGUGACUGCCUGUAUCACAUCGGUACCACACUGAAUCAAAAUAUUCAGGUUAUUCCUCAAUCCUCAUUGUGUGCUGGUUACACUCUAGGGCAGAAGGACUCUUGUCAGGGAGACUCUGGGGGACCUCUGGCAUGCAAGAAAGGUAGUGCUUGGGUCUUAGCAGGAAUUGUAAGUUUUGGAGAAGGAUGUGCAGAACCUAAUUAUCCUGGAGUAUAUACACAAGUCGCAGUAUUCCAGGAAUGGCUUCAGAGUAAAGUGCAUGGAUUGCAGUUCACAGACGUCAAUCUGACUUUCCCAUCAGUCCCGGGCAGCAGUGUCUGUGAAUACUGGAAUGGAAUAGCAGUGAAGCUUCGUGAAAAUAGAGGAACACAGAGUACAAGUACUAGCCCAAGCACAUCCAGUAUCAGCAGUAAAACUGUCCCAACUGGUGUAAGUAAUGCCACCAGUAUAAGUACCACCACCACAAAACCAAUGUCACUAAUUACUGCUACUACCAGUACUAGUAAUAGUAUGCAUACCAGCAGAGUUACCAGUAUCACCAUUACUACUUCCAGUGGUACACAAUACACAGGUGCUACCAGUACUGCACAAACUCUCAGACCUACUAGCAGCACCAAAAGUACCAGUGUUACCAGUACUACACGUCCUUCUAGUCCUAAUAGCAACACCAAAAGUACUAAGGCUACCAGUACUACACAUCUUCCCAGGCCUCUUAGCAGCACCAAAGGUACCAGUACUAAAAGUACUACCCAUCUCCCAAGACCUAAUAGCACUACCAUAACUACCCAUGUUACUAGUACUACAAGUCCUUCCAGCCCUACUAGUAACAUAAAAAGUACCAGAACUACCACUACUGCACAGACCACCAGAGCUACCAGUAACAGCAAAAGUGUUAGCACUAUCAGUACUACACAUUCCACAAGAACUAUGAGUAACACUAUCACUACCAGCACAUCCAGUACUCAAUAUGACAAAACUGCAAGAAAUAUCAAUAGCAACAGUAUUAUCAGCACUACACAUCACCCCAAUCCUACCAGUAAUGCCAUUGCUACAAAUGUUACUAGUAAUGCUGAUGCUACAAGUACUACACAAACCACAAAUGCUAUCAGCGUCACUAGCGAUAUCAGUACUGCACAUACACUCAGUGUUACCAUUAACAAAAGUGCUGCUAGAGCAAACAGUGCCACUCAUGCUACAUAUGCCACCACUGCUAUGCAUACCACCAGUACAUUUACUGUUACUAGUGUGACAAGUACAAAUACUCCCAGUCCCAGUACUGCCUUCUAUGCUGCUCAAACCACUGGAAGUAACAUUACUACUAGAAGAAUCAGUACCAUUCAUGCUAUUAGUAGUGCUACAGUCACACAAAAAAAUACACAAAGCACUAAAAAGGGCUUUUAUGUAAAUAAUCAUGUAAAAGCUGGUGUACAAAAUAGUGCCACUGCCAAAACUGGCUGUUCUUUUCUAAUUUCUGUGGCUUAUAUAAUAUCAUCUCUCUAACUAAUGUGACCAAAGAAAUGAUAACAUGCACAUUUUUGCACAAAAGCUGUCCUCACUCCACGUAUUGCCUUUAAAAGUGGCCCAAAAGUAAUUCUAAGUGUAUGCUUUCAAAUACUGUCCAGCUGGGAAUUCUUACUGUAUGCUUCAUUUAUGCUCACAUUCAUCUUUUUAGGGCUUCACAAGCCACAUUUACCACUAAUAAUGAGCAUAAAAGUCUACAUUAAAAAAUCAGAGGUCAUAAGCGGCAGACUGUUAUGAAAUGGAUAAUUCAUUUAUUGUUGAACCUUCAGCACCAGACUACUAUCCCAGGGCUCAUUUGGUAAUUUAUCAUAUUUGACACUUCAGCAAGCAUGAUACUGUCAGUCCUAUACAAUACAUUGCACUACAAACAAAAAAUAAAUAUUUUCUGUAAAAAUACAAAGUGCAAAAAUGGUAUACCUGUUUGUGGUACAUGGCACUAUAUCAUUGCAUUGUGCUAUUGUACAAUAAACAGCUAGAUAAAGGUGAUGUAUUGGUCAAACCACUCAUAUGACAUGCAAUGCAAUAUAUAUUUAAUUCCAGGUCUCACCUUCCAUGAGUCAUAUCAUCCAGUGGGAAAGUCAGUCUCCUAAAGCCAGAACUAUACACUUUUAUUGCCAUUACUGCUAGACCUGACCUCUUUUCAUGAAUAUGGCUGGUGUUGUCACUUUUUAAAAACCCUCAAAAUGAUUGCUAUAUACAAAAUUAGUGUAAAUAAAAGCAA